ACCUCCACACAAUGAAUACCGUGUUACACUUCCGCUCAGGCCUGACGUCACUUCCGUUACUCUUGACAACAGAAAGAUGCACUGAGCUGCAGAAUCGUAUGCUUGUGGACAUCUCAGACAAAAUGGCUGAAGUUGAGGAAACAUUGAAGAGGAUUGAAAACCACAAAGGUGUAAUUGGAACAAUAGUUGUUAAUGCAGAAGGUAUUCCCAUCAGAACAACUUUAGAUAACUCCACUACACUCCGGUAUGCAUCUCUUCUUGGUCAGCUCUCCACGAUGGCUCAGAGCACUGUGAGGGAUAUUGACCCUCAAAACGAUCUCACCUUCCUCCGUAUCCGCACCAAAGAACAUGAAAUCUUGGUUGCACUGGAGGAUGACUUCCUGCUGAUCGCCAUCCAGAAACCAAGUAAAUAGCUCCUGGACAUUUCCAUGAAAGGAAGCCUUUUCACAUGGUGUUUUUGAACAUGGUGUUUUUAUUUUAUUUUAUUUUUUUAUUCUUUGGAAUUAAGAUGACUAAUUAUUUGAAUCACAGGAUGUACUGAUGUAUUUAGACCUGCACACUCAAUAAAAAUAAAAGUUAUAUAUAUAUAUAUAAAUGGAAA